CAAUAUAACGGCGACGGUGCUUCGAACUGAUCGCAGUAGUCGCUUUGAUUCCAGCGGACACAUUCACUUAUACGUCGAUAACACCUUCAGCCAGCCGAUCAGCACGUUGGUCUGAGCUUUUUUUUUAAUAAGUUUGUUUCGUUUAACUCGUAUUUAGAAGCUUUCGUCGAAUUUAACUCGCAUACAAAAACUGCUGAAAUCAAAAUUAUUUUUUGUAUAGAAAAAAGUGAAGUAAAUGCACCUGCGAAGCGUUGUGAAUCGGGGUUUUGCGUCAGCGUGUCAAAUUUCGUAUCCGUUCUAGGCUGUGAUAUUAUUAGUACCUUUUUAUUAUAAAAGAGAUAGUCAAUUAAAUUAGAUUUAAUUCAAUUCCUUAAACGAAAAUGUAUAAUAGCAUUAAACUACUAUGUGCGUGUGCUGUAUUGUGUCAAUAUGCCAUGGCGGCCUCGGUGGUGCCACUGACAGUCAUUCAAACUUUGAAUGCAACUGAUCUUGGAGUGGAUUUUGUGCCGUUGGAUGCAUCCACAACUGAAAAAGUCGGCAGAGAUUCCGGGAAUGCAGAUGUUCCUAAAAAGCGAGUUGAAGAUGCCGCAUUUUGGUAUGAGGUCGCCACGAAUCAGCUUAAAAAGACCAUAAAAAUGGCCCAGAAGUCACAGGAGAAGAUACGCAAAGCGAAGAAUAUAAUCAUCUUUAUCGGUGAUGGUAUGGGUUUGACAACCAUAACUGCUGGACGUAUUUUCAAGGGUCAAUAUCUGAAACAUGGUUUUGGCGAAGAAGAAAUGUUGGCAUUUGACGAAUUUCCUUAUACUGGCUUGUCAAAGACAUACAAUGUGGAUAAGCAAGUGCCUGAUUCUGCUGCCACGGCGACUGCCAUGUUUUGUGGUAGCAAAACGGAUUAUGGCGCAAUUGGCGUGGAUAUCACCCGUUCUAAGGUGAAUGGUACCCAAGGGCGAUUGAAGUCUAUGAUGGACUGGGCACAAGCAGAGGGAAAGCGUACUGGUAUCGUAACCACAACUCGUAUAACGCAUGCCACACCGUCUUCCACUUAUGCACGCAUCUAUCAUCGUGACUGGGAGUGCGACACCGAGGUGCCGGCCGUAUCAGUUGGAAAACAUGUGGAUAUCGCCCGCCAAUUGGUGGAGAAUUCGCCUGGUAAUAAGUUCAAUGUAAUCUUGGGUGGCGGAUUGUCGCCGAUGGGUGCUUAUCGCGACAAUGAGCCCAAGACAGUGCGAUUCGACGGUGGCACUGAGGAGAUUUGUAAGCGAGGAGAUGGCCGCAAUUUGGUGCAGGAUUGGCUAAAACUUGAUACGGACGGUUCGCGUGUAUUUGUGCAAUCAGAAGAAGAGUUACAGAAAGUCAAAUUUGAGGAGACGGAUCACUUAAUGGGUCUUUUCCGCAACAAUCACAUCACUUAUGCGAUUGCGCGUCAAGAGGGCGAGCCUUCCCUAAAGCAAAUGACCGAGGCGGCUAUUCGCGUGCUCGAGCGUGGUAGCAAAUCGAAGGGUUUUGUACUGAUGGUGGAAGGCGGCCGCAUCGAUCAGGCACAUCAUCAGAACUACGCUCGAGCAGCUAUGCGAGAGGUACUCGAAUUUGAUAUGGCUAUUCAAGCUGCAUUAGAUCUGACGAACGAUGAUGAGACUCUAAUUAUUGUAACUGCCGAUCAUUCGCACGCAGUUACGCUCAAUGGUUACCCGACACGUGGUGCUGAUAUUCUCGGCUUUGCCAACAAGAGCAGUGAUAACAUAGUGUACGAGACUAUUUCGUACGCUAAUGGACCGGGAUUUUAUGAUCACUUAGCAAAUCAAAGCGCAGGAGUUGUUGGUGCUGAAGUUUGGCUACCUCUUGAGAAAUUCACAGCUCAGCAACGUAUGUCACCUACAUAUCGCCACAGAGCCACCUUACCGUUGGAGGAUGAAACUCAUGGAGGUGAAGAUGUUAUAGUGUUUGCAAACGGACCGGGUGCCAAUUUGGUUCGUGGCGUUUUCGAGCAAAACUAUAUCGCAUAUGUUAUGAGUUACGCUGGUUGCAUGGGCCCAGCUAAGAUGAUUGACGAUAGUUGUAAAGCGGACUUCAAAGAGAGCUCAAGUGGGUCAAGUCAAUUGACUCACCACAGUUUAAUAUUACUAGUGGCAAUAUUAUUGUUAAAUUCAUUCUCCUCUUAAAGCGAAAAGUAUUGUUGUAUUGUAUUUUGUUAAGUGACAAGUUGAAUAUUCGAUCUAAGAUUGUUAAUGUUUUUGAAUAAUCGUUAUAUUCUAAAUAAAUUUUAUGUUAAGCAAAUCCGAAA